AUGCACAGCAACAAGAAAAACAAAUGUGCGAACGCAAUCAUCAGUAAUUCAAUGGAAUUAGGUAUCGCGAGAGGUUUAACCGCCAUGAAUGAAGAAAAUGUCGCUGAGUGCAAUCGAUUAGCUGAUAAUGAGAUCAUUGAUAUUAAUUUCGCUGAACUGUCGUCAAAACUUGACUCACUCAAUCCGGUGCAAUGUUUCGAUAUACUCGAUAAAUUGUGUAAUAAAUAUCCCUCAACGAAAAAGAAUGACGCAUUGGAUGAGUUGAUUCUCAAAUUUGUCAUACGUUUUCGAAUCAACGGCGGAUUCUUCAUCGCUCUUAAACAACCUGCCGACCAUCGUCAGCAUCUCAUUCAACGAUUAAACGAUACCAUCUUGACCAACGAAGAUAACAUUCAAAAGACGAAUCUAACGCUUGCCGAUAUUCAUUGA